UGCUGACUGCUGAGGCUGUGUUCAUAAAUUUUGAAGUUUAUUGGAAAUUAAGAAAAAAAGAUUUCUUAAAAAUUUAUCAUAAGUAUACAAGAAUUUUUAAAAUUUUGUCUAGUGAAUCGAAAAUUACAUUUAUGUAUGAUAAGUUUAGUCAUGUAUUCGUUGUAAUUUAAAAAGAUUUUUACGAGAACGGCUAAAAUCUAAGGCUUAGCCCAUCAUCGUACCUUUUAUUGCACCGGCAAAAUGUCGAAGUGGCAAUCAGAACGAAGUAUACAUGAAAUGUUGAAAGAUACUCCUCCUCUUAGAGAAUCCAGUGAUUCAAUCACAUCAGGGACGGAGGCUAAAUUUUCCACAUCAAGAUCUAUGAGUUUUCCCUCAGCAUAUGUGUCACCAGACAUGACACCGAAUGGAGCAGCAAACUCAAGUACGCUUUUGCGAUCUAGCUCAACUAAAUUGGAAAAUCUCAAGAAUUGGAGUGUAUCAACUUACAAGUGCACAAAACAACUACUCUAUGAAAAACUUGGCAAAAGCUCAAGGACUGUAGAUACUGAGUUAGAAGCGCAGAUCGAGAUGCUGCGCGAGACACAACGCAAGUACUUAAAUGUUCUACGGUUGAGUACGGCACUAGCGGCUCAGCUUUCAGCUGCAUCUAACACGCAACGCGCCCUUGGAGAGGCCUUUGCUGACCUGGCACAGAAGUCGCCGGAGCUGCAAACUCAGUUUCUAUAUAAUGCGGAUACACAGAGGUCCUUAACUCGUAAUGGCGAGACAUUACUAGCGGCUUUGCACUUCUUCAACAGCUCGCUGCAUACAUUGGCCAACAAAAGUAUGGAGGAUACGCUACUAACCAUUCGACAAUACGAGGCAGCCAGGGUGGAAUACGACGCAUAUCGUAGCGAAUCAGAAGCAGCGGGUACAGGGGCGGGUGGUAGCGGAGCGGGUGCUGAAGGCGUGGCAGCUCGUCUUGAAAGGCAGCGGUCUGUUUAUGGACGACUCCGGGAUGAUUCCGCAGUCAAGCUCAAGUUACUCCACGAAAACAGGGUGAAAGUGAUGAAUAAGCAGCUGUUACUGUUCCACAAUGCGAUAUCGGCCUACUUCAGCGGCAACAAUGUUGCCCUAGAGGCCGCUGUACGUCACUUCAGCGUGCCUGGGGCAUUGCCUGUCGCACCCCAGCAACCUCCUGUAACGUCACACCCCAUAGUGACUACGCACCCGUCGGUACCCCACGCCGGUACCCCGCCUUAGGACCGUGCCCUUGCUAAAGGAACAAAUGGGUUAGCUUUUCAUCAUAAUUGACUCAUAAGAAACAUCUACUUUUUUCUACAUAGAGUGAAACUUAGGGUCGUCCAUUUCAUUAACGGUAUGGUAUUUGACAGUUUUAUAUCUAAAGAAAAGAAUCGUGCAAUUCACUUAUAAAAAAAAUAUGUUGACUGAUUGGGAGGAUAUGGAAAACCUUUUUUAACUUCCGAUUGGUUCUAUAGUGAACUUAUUGAAAUCUUUACUAGUUUAAAUAAUUGGUCACUCCUAAUGAACGACUCUAAAUAUGACCGUGACAUGUGUCAAAUAUUUUUUCUCUAUGAACU